UUGAGAUUGGAUCCUAGUUAACGCAACAUAAACAUUGCCCUCCCACUUCAAACAGCAAGUUGGAGCUUGAUUGUGCAACUGGCCCUCAUUGUGCGAUUUUGUGAGAAACGAAACUAAAUCGAAACUGAACAGCCAUCAACCUUUGCACCUACAACUUUCCUCAGUUUGUGAAGAGAGACGACGGCUACCGUACAAACAGCUAUCAAGAGCGGCCCACAUACAGUGACAGGCAUGCAGACUUGUGUAAUCACGUUCCCUUGGUGCCUUUUGCUGUUGCUGCUUCAUGUCUCUGGGCUCGACUCUGUCUCACUAAGAGGAAGCCUAUUCACGAGGGACAGGACUCCCCUGGAGGGCGACGUGAGGCUGGUGGGGGGGCGAGCGCUCUCGGAGGGCCGAGUGGAGAUUUACCACAGCGGCAAAUGGGGAACGGUGUGUGACGAUGGCUGGGACCUGGCAGAGGCCCAGGUGGUGUGUCGGCAGCUGCAGUUCCCUGCUGCUGAAGCUGCCGUCUCUGGAGGAACCUACGGAGAGGGUUCUGGAUCCAUCUGGCUGGAUGAUAUGGACUGCAAAGGAACAGAAAAAUCCUUAUCCAGUUGUACCUUCAAAGAUUGGGCGUUAACAGACUGCUCCCACAAGGAAGAUGCUGGGGUCGUUUGUGAGACAGGCAGCAAUAUGAGCAGCACAGUCCAUCUGCUGGACCAUCGCCAUGGCCUGUCUGAGGAGCUGGGCCAGCUGUUUGAUUCUGGGGAGGGAUGUGACGUGGACAUCCUGGUCCGGAGUCCUACUGGGAACAGACUGGAUAAUGGGUCCUUAGAGGUGGAGGAGAGGAACAUCUGCAUGCACAGGCUGGUCCUCUUCCUCUUCCCGCAGUUCAAUGUUACCCUUCGAGCCAGGAAAUUCACCAUUGAAGUGAGCCAGUCCUGUCAGACAUAUGUCACUAGCUUCAUCAGGUACCUUUACACUCGUCAGACGGAGGUGACCGUCUCCUCGGCCCACUGCCUCUAUCAGCUGGCCUCCGAGUUUGGGGUGACGCAGCUGAUGCAGGACGUCGGCAGGCUCUUCACUGUGCUGCUCCCUGAGGACAGCACCUUCCACACCCAGGUGGCCCUCUACAAGUACUCUGUGGAGGCUGGGGAUCUCGUGCUCCAGGAGAACUGUCUUCAGUACCUGUCCUGGAACUUUGAGGAUCUGACCAGCUCCCCUGCUUGGAUGGAUCUUUCCGUGAACGCGCUGCAGGCCCUUCUGUCUCGAUCGGACAUGGUGGUGCCAGACGAGGCUUUCCUCCUGCAGGCCCUGGAGAGCUGGAUCUCAGAAAGGAAAAGCUCUGUCGAUCUGGAGAACCAGAAUGCUCUGCUGGGUCAAAUCCGCUUUCCUAUGAUCCCCGCUGAGAAGCUCUACGACUUGCAGUUCACCUCUCAGCUGUACAAGAGCCACGAGAAGCUGUACGGCGACGGCGUGCUGAAGGGGUUCGAGCUUAACGUCUUGCUCAUUGGCAAGCUGAAGAAGAAUGCGGACUUCAAGGGGGAGGAGUUUGACUACCGACCCAGGAUCUACACAGCUGAACCAUGGAGCAUCACCCUCAACAAUACCAAAAAUGAUGGGCCAUACAGGAGACCUAUGUAUAGUCAAGGUUAUUACAGAGGUUAUGAAGAAUUCUACUAUCCGAACACAGCUAAAUCAUUCAGCACUCCUGUCCACAGUAGCCUUGUCUUUCAGAACAACAAGAUCAGCUGGACUGCAGAUGUCUACCUGAAUCGUCAACAAUGUCCAAGUUGUGAGUCGCUUCCCGCAGCGAAACUGUCCACCCAAAAUACCAUCAACCAAAGCACCAUUCGCUACAGUAACAGGCUGCUGAUACUGUGUAAGGAAAAGUAUGUGUCUCAUGUCCAAGACUUCAAGGACAACCUGGCCUUGGUGCCCAAUAACAGUAGCAGCCAGUCAUUGGCCUACCCCUGCCCUGAUGACCAGUAUGCCUACCGCUUUGUAGUGAGACCUGAGUACUUCUAAUCAGAAAGCACUCAGCCCUCUGGGUCCUCAGUUUGCCAUCAAUCAAACAAUUGAAAUCUGUCACCAAUCAAUCACCCAUGUAUCAAUUGUAUUGGGACAGUGGUUCUUUUAGUAGUAGAAAAUAGGCAUUUUAGCAUACAGUAUGUGAUUUACAUUUGUAUAUACUAUUACACUUUGAUUUGUUGCAGGAAAAAAAUCAAAAUGUGAAUUUUUUCUCAUCAGCAUUUAUAUGAAAUUAAUCUGAAUAAAGGCAUUUGAACUAGA